CUCCAGGACAUCCGGGACAUUUUGGUUCCCGGCAAGCAGUGCGCCACCCGGGAGGGGCGGGCCAGAGGAGAGGGUUGGCCGGAAGGCGGAAGUGCAGAGAAUUCCGGUCGGCGUGAGCAUCGUGCGUUACUUGAAUUCCUGGGUUUUCGCAGGUAAAAUAUGGCUAAAAGUUUACGGAGUAAGUGGAAAAGGAAGAUGCGUGCUGAAAAGAGAAAAAAGAAUGCCCCAAAGGAGCUCAGCAGACUUAAAAGUAUUCUUAAAAUAGAUGGUGAUGUUUUAAUGAAAGAUGUUCAAGAGAUAGCAACUGUGGUGGAACCCAAACAUUGUCAAGAGAAAACGCAGUGUGUGGUGAAAGAUGAAACAGAUGACAUGAAGAUGGAGACUGAUAAUAAGAGAAACAAAAAGACUCUUCUGGAUCAGCAUGGGCAGUACCCCAUAUGGAUGAACCAGAGGCAAAGGAAAAGACUGAAAGCAAAACGUGAGAAAAAGAAGGGGAAAAGCAAAGUAAAAGCCAUGAAGGCAGCAAAGGGUUUGACCUGGUAGACUCUGAAAACUUGAAAAAUGCCACAUGGGGCGAAUUGAUCAGAAAGCAUACAUGGAUUUCAGCUUCCACCAAAUGAAAACUUUAUUUCCAUUUUUUUAACUUGGCCUUUUUCUUCAAUUCAAGCCCAACAUAACUCCUCAAAUUUGGUAACUUGAAUAAAAUAUUUUAUUUGAUGAGUGAAAGUACACUGAUAUUUUAAUUGCAUGUUGUCCUCUCUGCGGGGAUUAUCAGACAUCAGGAUUCUCUCAAGUGUUAAUACAGUUGUAAUUGUUUGGUCUUAGAAAAAGUAAAAUAUGACAUCAUGCUGACAAAUUUGAACUAACUCAGAUUUAAAGUAAACUGUUGUUAUCACUUGAAAAAUAUGUCAGUGGAUCAUAUAAUCAGUACUUAUUUGGAGUUUUGAUUUUGUAUAAUUCAGAAUAAAAGAUACAUCUAGA